AUAUUUUUUUUUAUUUCAGGCACUGGAGAAUCUGGUAAAUCCACAUUUAUCAAACAGAUGCGUAUUAUUCACGGGGCUGGUUACAGCGAUGAAGAUAAGAGAGGGUUCAUCAAACUGGUCUUCCAGAAUAUUUUCAUGGCCAUGCAGUCUAUGAUUAGGGCCAUGGAUCUCCUACAGAUAUCGUAUGGAGAUUCAGCUAACAUUGAACAUGCAGAUUUGGUACGAUCGGUGGACUACGAGUCGGUAACAACGUUUGAGGAACCAUAUGUAACUGCCAUGAAAUCUUUAUGGCAAGACACAGGGAUCCAGCAUUGUUAUGACAGACGCAGAGAGUACCAGCUCACAGAUUCCGCAAAAUAGUAUGUUUAUAGUAUUGUACGCAUUUUGUUGUUCCGUAUGCUGCCUUUGCCAUUUUUUUAGAAAGUUUUCAGGAUAAUUGAUUAGUAGAAUAAAUUGUGA